AUGACCAACGCAUCACCCCCUGUUCAUCCUAAUGGGAUACUUUCCCAGAUGAAUAUUUUACUGUUAGGGGAACCUCGAUCCGAAAACGAUGCCUCUAUCGAGACCAUACAAGACAAAUUGAGAUCAUUAGGAUGUGAGAAUUGUCCUUGUAUUCCGCUUUCUCAGGUGUCAUCAGAGAAUGAAGAUUACAACACAUUAAGGGACAAUUUUCUAAAGUUGCAAGGUUCACCGUUCCAUUAUAUUGUUUCUGAUACAUGUCAUUUCCCCUUCUACAAGAUCGCUGCCUUUGAAUUUCUGAUACCAGUGGUGUCAUAUGAAUGGUUGAACAACUUGAUCAAUGAGAAACAAAUCCCAAGAUUAUUACACUCACCCGUGGACGCUGUCACAUUGCAACCAAUGACGGGGAUCCGAUUAUAUAUUUCUAAGGAGGCUUUCACUAAGGAAGAGUAUAUCCUGUAUUCUAAAAUAGCACAAUCAUUAGGUGCCAUUUGCAAAGACAUUAUUUCUGCAGGAACCACGGAUUACAUCAUUACUACAGGCAAGAAUGAUAUGGCUAUUAAAGCUGUCAUGAAUUUCCAGCAGGGCCCCACUCGAAUCAAGUUUUUAUACCCUACAUUCAUAAUGGAAUGUUUCCAAAACCGGAAGGUUCCCUCCGCUGAAGGUCAUAUCAUCGACGUGCAUGAGUCCACCACAACAAAUUCAUUGAAAUUGACACAACUUUGGGAGGAAUUAAUAAAGAGCCGGGUCCCCAGCAAGACAACGCAAUUUUUGAAGGGUUAUCAUGUUGCUGUAUCUGCCUCCAUGAAUUUGAACACACAUAUGACACAGUUUCUUAACGAUAUUGUCGAAUUGCACGGUGGUCAAAUCACCGAACUUACUGAUCCAAACGUGUCGAUUUUCAUCACCUGCAUGCACUCUGAUCCUGAGUACGAACAGGCAAAACAUAUUUGUCGAUAUGUGGGGACUCCCUUUUGGCUAAUCGAUAUGUGCAUGUUGGGGGAAUUGUUAGCGCCUUCUGGUCAAUUAUUAUGGCCACCAUGGAGGGCUACACUGGAUGAGUCCGUGAGUUGUAAUGUUACAAUGAGUGAAUUUCCCGGAUUACGAAGGAAUUAUAUUAAGUUUCUCGUUAUGGCGUUGGGUGGAAUGGUCACUGAAGAGUUAAGCAAGAAGAAUAAUUAUUUAAUUUGUCGCUUUGAUCCCUGGGAUGAGAGGAGACAUGACAGCAAAAAAGUGCAAAUGAGUAAACGAUGGGGGGUUGACACUAUUAAGAUUUGUAAUUUGCAAUGGUUGGAGGAUUGUUAUGAGAUGGGUGAAUGGAGAGAUUCAUCAUUGUUACAAUAUCAAGAUUAUGCGUACUCUUAUUCCGUUGAAGGUGCUAAAACGAUGGAAGAAGAGAAGACACUAUUAUCCAUGGCACCUAGACUUUCUCCACCUGUGCCAGAUGCCAAAAUUUUAUCUGUUAUUGAGGAGCAAUCUGACGAUAAGAUGAUGAGUGAUACAGAGGCGGAAGAAGAGACAAAUAUUAUGAUGACGAACGAACAAGAGACAAAGGAAGUGGAGGAGGAGUCUGCUGAUUUACAAGAUUUGAAGAAAAAUUAUGAGUACAUUUUGGAGACGAAUGGUAAAGAGGAGACAAUGACAGGAGUUGGUAGUCAAUUACAACCCAUUUCCAUUUCGCAAUCUGCAUCAGAAGAUGGGGAGGUUCCAUUGACCUUAGAUAAGAUAUCUGAAUCUCAUGAGGGUCAAGAAGAUGCUGUGACCACUGGGAAGAACUCCGUAUCCAUUUCACAAUCUCAUGACAGUGAUUCCCGCACUACCAUUUCACAACCUUCUACUAAGGAUAGCGAAGUGAUCUUAAAUAAAGUAUCUGAUGAAAAAUCUCAUGAACUUCCAGCUGAAACUCAAGAAGAACAGGAUACAAUUACUCGUAAGAGACCAUUAAGACCUGCCACAAUGGAGGAAGAUACACCGAAACGACUCAAGAAAAUUAAUGACGAUAGCAUCUUGUCCAUAUUGGAUGAUUCCGUUGAGUUACCGCUCUACGACAUGAACGCGAUCUGUACGGGGUGUCACGAAUCGAUCAAUGGUGCGGAUCAAGAAAUAUUACGUGAAUUAGGAAUUCGUAUCUAUGAUGACAUUGACACCGUAGGGCUCAACACUAUCGUUGCACCCAAACAGAUGAGAACGGUAAAGUACUUGAAGAGUCUCAGUUUUGAACCGUUGAAGUAUGCAUUAAUUCCGGAAUUUAUUAUGGAUCAAUUACGAGUAAUCCGUGAAGCCCGCGGACAGAACAAGAGGAAGCUACGAAGAGAGGAAAUCAUGCUGGAUUUAACCAAGUACACUAUACCGAAGGUGGAUGCCAGUGUGUUAGCACGGACGCAGUUGUCGAGCAAAGUGUUUGAACGAGCUGGAUUGCUGAGAGUGAACCUGGUGAGCGACAUUCCGGCGGGCACCGCGUUAGUGUCAUCCGUGUUGAAGAGCCAUGGUAUACGGGAGGUCAACGUUGUCUCAGGUACCAAGUUCACUGGAGAGGAUCUGGUGAGGAACGAUGAUGGUGAUGGUAAUAGCCUCACGCUUCUCAUUUCCACACGUGCCUCGCAAGUUCAGCGCUUCAAGCGCGCCGUACGGGACGACCCGUCGCGGGUGACGGCGCUUGCCGUGGAAUGGGACUGGUGUGUUCAUAGCAUUUUCUCGCUGGCAACGGCUAUCUCCGCUAACGCCCGCGGUGUCAAGUGGAGUUCCUCGGAGUCUUCCCCUGGCCAAUGA